ACCGUGAUGAACACCAAGAUUGUCUCACUGUCCAUUCCACCAGCUUCCUUGUAUUCCUUUGAAGUGAUAUGUGUGACACUUUGGGUUCUUCUUAUGAACAAAGUCAUUGUACCAGCGACCAGGACAUUCUUCACAAGUGGAGCGGAGCUAACACAGUUGCAGAGGAUCGGGAUUGGCCGUUUCCUAAUGAUCUUUGCCAUGGCAAUGGCUGCUCUUUUAGAAGCAAAGAGGCUAGAGAGCGUCCAGCAUGGCAAUCCAUUAAGCAUCGUGUGGCAGCUGCCGCAGUACUUCGUCAUCGCUGGGGCUGAAUGUUUUGUCAUCAUUGCUCAGCUGGAGUUCUUCCAUGGCCAGGCACCUGACUCCAUGAAGAGCAUGUUGACGGCGUUUGCGUUGCUCACCACUGCUCUCGGCAACUACUUGAGCUCAGCUAUCAUCACCCUUAUUGCGGGGCUGACUAGGGAAUGGCAGAGCCCUGGAUGGAUACCUGAUGACCUGAACGAAGGGCACCUUGACUACUUCUACUGGUGCCUUACAGCCAUCUCAUUUGUGAAUUUUAUUGUCUAUGUCUAUUUUGCUAGUAAAUACAGAUUAAAGAAAAUUGUUAUUGAUGGCUAAAAUCCAUUGUAACCACACCAAUUGAAGUGUAUAUAUAGGCCACGGAACUAGAAAAACAUUUUCUGUAUCCAGAAAUUGGCUUCGGGUAACUGAGAAUGAUGUGUUGUAUUGAUAAUACCGUGAUGGCACCUUCAGAAAGAUGAUUUUGUAAAGUUC